AUGUUAUGUUUUAGAUCAAACCCACCAAAAAGAUUCCUUCUUUUUCUUUCCCUUGCCCUCUUCAUUGCUUUAACUUCAGGAAGCUCUCACAUUUCGCACACUUUUCGAACAACAGGUGUAAGGGUAGGUGGUGAGAGUGAGUAUGAGUAUGGUGGAGCGGUGACAUGGGACACAAGGAGGUCUCUUGCAGAAGGAACUGUCCAAAACUCGUCCUUGAUAUUGGCUAAGGAGAGAACAUACAGGAAGGACCCUCUUGAUGGGUUCAAGAAAUACACUGGUGGUUGGAAUAUCAGCAAUGACCAUUACUGGGCUUCUGUUGGAUUCACUGCGGCUCCCUUCUUUGUCAUUGCUGGUGUCUGGUUCGUGCUUUUUGGGCUAAGCUUAUCCUUUAUCUGUCUCUGUUACUGCUGUUGUCCAAGAGAGCCUUAUGGUUAUUCUAGAACAGCCUAUGCUCUCUCUCUCAUCUUCCUUAUUUUAUUCACCCUUGCGGCAAUUGUUGGAUGCAUUGUUCUGUACACUGGCCAGGGAAAGUUCCACAACAGUACAACAAACACACUGAAAUAUGUUGUGAGUCAGGCAGAUACAACUGUUGAAAACCUCAGGAAUUUGUCAGGUUAUCUUGGUGCAGCUAAAAGGAUUGGAGUUGAUGCUGUAUUUCUGCCAGCAGAUGUUCAAAGUAACAUUGACAAUGUUGUAACAAAGAUCAACUCUGCUUCCAAUACACUUUCUGAUAAAACUGAAAAGAAUUCAAAGCGUAUACAAGAUGGAUUGGAUAGCAUGAGACUGGCUCUCAUUAUUGUUGCUGCUGUUAUGCUCUUUUUGGCCUUUCUUGGAUUUUUAUUUUCCAUUCUCGGGAUGCAAGUCCUUGUGUACUUCUUGGUCAUUGUUGGGUGGGUUCUUGUUGCAGGCACAUUCAUUUUAUGCGGUGUAUUUCUCCUUCUCCAUAAUGUGGUUGCAGAUGCAUGUGUUUCCAUGGAUGAGUGGGUCAUGAACCCCACAGCCCACACUGCAUUAGAUGAUAUACUCCCAUGUGUGGACAAUGCUACUGCUCAAGAGACCUCUUCACGCACCAAGGAAACAACCUACCGACUCGCUACUGUGGUUAACCGUGUCAUCACCAAUGUCUCGAAUAAGAAUUAUCCACCCAUCGCGGGACCUUUAUAUUUUAAUCAGUCUGGCCCACUGUUACCCGUUCUUUGCAAUCCAUUCAAUUCUGAUCUCACUGAUCGACAGUGCAGCCCUGGUGAAGCGAAGCUGCAAAAUGCCUCAGAGGUAUGGAAGAAGUAUGUUUGUGAGGUUUCCGCGGCCGGCAUUUGUACUACACCUGGCCGGUUGACUCCAACCUUUUACAGCCAAAUGGAAGCUGCAGUAAAUGUGAGUUAUGGUCUGUAUCGUUAUGGUCCGUUCUUGGUUGAUCUGCAAGACUGCACGUUUGUUAGGGAUGCGUUUACAGACGUGAGUAACCGGCAUUGCCCUGGUCUGCGAAAGUACAGUGGCUGGCUCUACAUUGGGUUGGUAAUGGUAUCUACAGCGGUGAUGUUGUCAUUGAUCUUCUGGGUAAUCUAUGCAAGGGAGCGAAGGCAUCGAGUAUACACUAAACAGUUUACGGCUAGAACUGCAGGGGAUUUCCAAGACAAGGGUGCUUAA